AUGAGUACAGAGAAUUCGAGGAAAAAGUCUGAGUACAGGAUUUUGCGAUUGUUCCUUGAGAUAAAGCUUUGUUUCGAAAAACCCCACUUUUUACACAUCAAGUCAAACCUCAUUGCGCCCUCUUUCGAUUCAUGGAACUGGCCCCCCUAUUCGACAAGUAGUACGCAGUCUACUACCGUCUUAACUUCCGCAACGUUGAGAAAAAGCUUUGUUUCGAAAAACCCCACUUUUUACACAUCAAGUCAUACGUCAUUGCGCCCUCUUUCGAUUCAUGGAACUGGCCCCCCUAUUCGACAAUUGAGAAAAAGCUUUGUUUCGAAAAACCCCACUUUUUACACAUCAAGUCAAACCUCAUUGCGCCCUCUUUCGAUUCAUGGAACUGGCCUCCCUAUUCGACAAUUGAGAAAAAGCUUUAUUUCGAAAAACCCCACUUUUUACACAUCAAGUCAAACCUCAUUGCGCCCUCUUUCGAUUCAUGGAACUGGCCCCCCUAUUCGACAAGUAGUACGCAUUGAGAAAAACUUUGUUUCGAAAAACCCCACUUUUUACACAUCAAGUCAAACCCCAUUGCGCCCUCUUUCGAUUCAUGGAACUGGCCCCCCUAUUCGACAAUUGAGAAAAAGCUUUGUUUCGAAAAACCCCACUUUUUACACAUCAAGUCAAACCUCAUUGCGCCCUCUUUCGAUUCAUGGAACUGGCCCCCCUAUUCGACAAUUGAGAAAAAGCUUUAUUUCGAAAAACCCCACUUUUUACACAUCAAGUCAAACCUCAUUGCGCCCUCUUUCGAUUCAUGGAACUGGCCCCCCUAUUCGACAAUUGAGAAAAAGCUUUGUUUCGAAGAACCCCACUUUUUACACAUCAAGUCAAACCUCAUUGCGCCCUCUUUCGAUUUAUGGAACUUGCCCCCCUAUUCGACAAUUGCGAAAAAGCUUUGUUACGAAAAACCCCACUUUUUACACAUCAAGUCAAACCUCAUUGCGCCCUCUUUCGAUUUAUGGAACUUGCCCCCCUAUUCGACAAUUGAGAAAAAGCUUUGUUUCGAAAAACCCCACUUUUUACACAUCAAGUCAAACCUCAUUGCGCCCUCUUUCGAUUCAUGGAACUGGCCCCCCUAUUCGACAAUUGAGAAAAAGCUUUAUUUCGAAAAACCCCACUUUUUACACAUCAAGUCAAACCUCAUUGCGCCCUCUUUCGAUUCAUGGAACUGGCCCCCCUAUUCGACAAGUAGUACGCAUUGAGAAAAACUUUGUUUCGAAUAACCCCACAUUUUACACAUCAAGUCAAACCCCAUUGCGCCCUCUUUCGAUUCAUGGAACUGGCCCCCCUAUUCGACAAUUGAGAAAAAGCUUUGUUUCGAAAAACCCCACUUUUUACACAUCAAGUCAAACCUCAUUGCGCCCUCUUUCGAUUCAUGGAACUGGCCCCCCUAUUCGACAAGUAGUACGCAGUCUACUACCGUCUCAACUUCCGCAACGGUACAAAGAAAAAAGCUUUGUUUCGAAAAACCCCACUUUUUACACAUCAAGUCAAACGUCAUUGCGCCCUCUUUCGAUUCAUGGAACUGGCCCCCCUAUUCGACAAGUAGUACGCAUUGAGAAAAAGCUUUGUUUCGAAAAACCCCACUUUUUACACAUCAAGUCAAACCUCAUUGCGCCCUCUUUCGAUUCAUGGAACUGGCCCCCCUAUUCGACAAGUAGUACACAGUCUACUACCGUCUUAACUUCCGCAAAGUUGAGAAAAAGCUUUAUUUCGAAAAACCCCACUUUUUACACAUCAAGUCAAACGUCAUUGCGCCCUCUUUCAAUUCAUGGAACUGGCCCCCCUAUUCGACAAUUGAGAAAAAGCUUUGUUUCGAAAAACCCCACUUUUUACACAUCAAGUCAAACCUCAUUGCGCCCUCUUUCGAUUCAUGGAACUGGCACCCCUAUUCGACAAAUAUUGAGAAAAAGCUUUGUUUCGAAAAACCCCACUUUUUACACAUCAAGUCAAACCUCAUUGCGCCCUCUUUCGAUUCAUGGUACUGGCCCCCCUAUUCGACAAAUAAAGCUUUGUUUCGAAAAACCCCAAUUUUUACACAUCAAGUCAAACGUCAUUGCGCCCUCUUUCGAUUCAUGGAACUGGCCCCCCUAUUCGACAAAUAGUACGCAGUCUACUACCGUCUUAACUUAUGCAACGGUACAAAGAGUAACGAAUUCAAAUAUCGAAAAAAGGUUUGAUUCGAAAAACCCCACUUUUUACACAUCAAGUCAAACCUCAUUGCGCCCUCUUUCGAGUCAUGGAACUGGCCCCCCUAUUCGACAAUUGAGAAAAAGCUUUGUUUCGAAAAACCCCACUUUUUACACAUCAAGUCAAACCUCAUUGCGCCCUCUUUCGAUUCAUGGUACUGGCCCCCCUAUUCGACAAAUAAAGCUUUGUUUCGAAAAACCCCAAUUUUUACACAUCAAGUCAAACGUCAUUGCGCCCUCUUUCGAUUCAUGGAACUGGCCCCCCUAUUCGACAAAUAGUACGCAGUCUACUACCGUCUUAACUUAUGCAACGGUACAAAGAGUAACGAAUUCAAAUAUCGAAAAAAGGUUUGAUUCGAAAAACCCCACUUUUUACACAUCAAGUCAAACCUCAUUGCGCCCUCUUUCGAGUCAUGGAUCUGGCCCCCCUAUUCGACAAUUGAGAAAAAGCUUUGUUUCGAAAAACCCCACUUUUUACACAUCAAGUCAAACCUCAUUGCGCCCUCUUUCGAUUCAUGGAACUGGCCCCCCUAUUCGACAAAUAGUACGCAGUCUACUACCGUCUUAA